GGUAAACAUACAGAGCAAGCUGAGCGAAAUUCGGUGGCUCGUUCAGAGAAACGACAGUCCCAGAUCGAGCCGCUCUCAUUCCGAGCUCAGUUUGCGAGGUGCCUUCGCUCGAGCCGCAUCGUUCGGUUGGAAGGGCAAAAAUGAUUCACAUUUGGCAUUGCUUUCUUUUUGCACUGCUCGCGAUCAGGGCAGGUACCUCCGCUCAGCAAAUGCCCUGCGAUUUGCGCGAGACGAGCCAUGGGAGCGUAUGCGUCUGCAACAGCACCUACUGCGAUUACCUGGAGCAGCCGGAGAUCACUGAUAGCAAUCAGAUUGUGGUGAUCAGCUCCAGCAAGGAUGGCUUGCGCUUCCAGAAGACAACUGGUGACUUUGCCAGCCAGAAACCCUUGGUGGUGGAAGACAAACAGUCCACGGAUGAGAACUUCAAGGCGGAGGCCAUUGUGGUGGAUCAAAGCCGAGCCUGGUUGCAAUUGGCCAACAUUCCCCAGCGCCUUUUUAUCAACGCCAGUGUUCGGACUAUUCGAGUAGUCGUAAAUCGAGAGAAGCGUUUUCAGAAGGUUUCCAAUUUCGGCGGGGCCUUUACGGGAACGGUAUCCUAUUUACUAAAGCAGUUGCGCCAGGAGCUGCAGGAUCAUGUCUAUAAAUCCUACUUCCAUCAAGACGGAAUUGCAUACAACACCGUCCGCAUGUCCAUUGGUGGCUCCGACUUUGACUUGGAACCUUGGGCUUACAAUGAGUGGCCUCGCAAUGAUCUACAGCUGAGUAAUUUUACCCAACUGGAUUCCAGAGAUUUGCAGAAAAUAGAGCAACUUAAAAGGUUAAAGGUCGUGGCGGAGCUAGAUGAACUAAAGAUCAUGGGCGCCGCCUGGAGUGCCCCACCCUGGAUGAAAACCAACGAUCGCUGGACGGGCUUUGGCCAGCUAAAGACGGAAUACUACCAGACCUGGGCUCUCUACCACCUCAAAUUCCUCGAACUCAUGCAGGCUAAAAAUAUGCCGAUCUGGGCCAUAUCCACGGGCAAUGAGCCGCUCAACGGCGUCAUUGGCUUCUUCUUUGUGCACUUCAUGAGCAUGGGCUGGACGCCCUGGCAGCAGGCUAUUUGGCUGAGCGACAAUCUGGGUCCGACCAUCAGGAGGAGCUCGACGCAGAGCAAGGUGCUCAUCUUUGGCAACGAUGACCAGCGAUACACGUAUCCCUCGUGGUUCCGAAAGAUGCGCUCCUCCCGUAACAACUCCCUGUCCUACUUAGACGGCCUGGCUGUGCACUGGUAUUGGGAUGAACUGGUUGGCCCCCAGCUCAUCGACCAGGCACAUUUGGAGAUGCCCGAGAAGUUGCUGCUAAACACGGAGUCCUGCAUCGGGGACAAGCCCUGGCAGACCCAUGGACCGGAACUAGGCAGCUGGCAGCGUGGCGAGAGCUACAUGCGGGCGUACACCCAGGACAUGAGGCAUCAUUUCAACGGCUGGCUGGACUGGAACCUGGUGCUGGACGAACGGGGUGGACCCAACUAUGUGAACAACUUUGUGGAUGCGCCGGUCAUUGUGAAUGCUACCAGUCGUCGGGAGAUAUACAAGCAGCCGAUCUUCUACGCCAUCGGGCACUUCUCCAAGUUCCUGCCAGCGGAAUCGGUGCGCAUCGAGGCGAGGAUCGAGAACGAGAGCAAUCCCUUUACCCAGCUGAGCGUGGUGGGCUUCCAGCGUCCGGACGGCAGUGUGGCUGUGAUCGUCUACAAUGGCCAGAACCUGCCAGUGGACGUGGCCCUCAAUGAUAGCCAGCGCGGUGUGAUCGGCCUUCGGCUGCCGCCGCGCUCCUGGCACACGGUGCUCUACAAGUGAGGAGCGGGUUCCCUAUCCGGUUCCAGGUCCCCUUCCCGGAACCCAAGUUGUAGUAAUUUAGUUUAGAGUAGAAUAUAGCAGGAGUCCAGCUGCCGUUGGCGCUGCCCAGAGGACCAAUUGAGGCUCAAGUGACAUAGCGGCGACGCAGCGGAAGCCCAUAAAUUGUACCCUCAACAGGAUGCUCGCAGGAUAAGGGGUCUGCGAGGAUGUAACGCCGGAGAUACCCGCCGACGGAAAUUUGUUUAAGCCGCUCAAUUUGCCGGAACGCGUCUGUUUACAAUGAAAUUUCAUUUGCCGUUUAA